AUGAGAUCUUCCGAAAACAUUCCGACGUUCAAGAUAUCACCAUCGCAAUUCUCAUCAUCUAGCAGCAGCGAUAUCAUUGAGGUGACGCCUCAAUUCCCGAUGAGCAACUAUCGCUUUGAACCACGUUCGGCAUCCAAUGGUUCCCAUUCCUUCAGAAGGACAAGUGUUCCGGACAACAACCAAUCCAAUGCACUGACGAGCCCUCCAACAAACAGAGAAACGGGCAAGAUUUUCUUCAAAACCCGUAUUUGUACUAGGUUCCGGUUUGGUACAUGUAGAAACGGUGAAAGUUGUACCUUUGCUCAUGGGGUUGGAGAGAUAAGGCAGCCACCGCCAAACUGGCAGGAGCUUGUCUGUCCUCGUACUGAAGAACGGCUGCAAGUGGGCAGGAAUUUGAAUGAUGGUCAAAAAAUCAUUCACAAGAUGAAGCUCUGCAAGAAAUAUUGCAAUGGGGAGGAAUGUCCUUAUGGUGAUAACUGUAACUUUCUUCAUGAGGAUCCUGCCAAGUUUAGGGACGACUCUUGGAAAACAAGAGAGUCCUCUGCAAUCAAUAUUGAAACUUCUAAUCAUUUGGAAGGCAGUAGGGCUGUAACUAAGCAGGAAAGGGACACUUAUUGGAAGACUAAGAUAUGUCUCAAGUGGAUCAAUACCGGGAGCUGUCUCUUUGGUGACGGUUGUCACUUUGCUCAUGGAGAUGCAGAGUUACAAGUUCCUGGUAGAGGCAUUGAAGCGGAAGCUAUAGUUGCUAUAGAAAAUUCAACAAAACCUGUCAUUCCAACUUUACCAACUACAGGUUCUUCUGCUAAUAAUGCACCUACCUUACCAAUAAGUGUCCCUGUGGCGACGGAAGAGGGGAAGAAAGCCAAGAAGGAAUUACUUUGGAAGAAAUUAAACAAGAUCAACCGUAUUUAUGGCGAUUGGAUUGAUGAUUUACCUCUUGAUCGUCCUGAUUUGCCAAGAGAGCCCUGA